AUGUCGAUCCCUGCACAGGAAGCACGCCAAGCCCCUCCCUGGGGGCACCGCCGCUCUGACGGACCCGCGUCCAGUAUGGGUACCCCCGACCGAUCGCAGCCGGCGCUUCUCGUGGGCCCCUCGUCGGAUCCAGGUCGGAGGACCUCCCACGACAGCGCGGGCAGCAGCGGGCGCAGGGAGGCUGGCAGGACUCCGAAUGGGGCCCUGAGGGGACAGGGGACGCCCUUCGGCUCCCUGGCAAAAAACCCCAAGCGCACGACCCUCACGAGGGAGCAGCUGCUCAAGAUGGUGACGGACUGCUACCAGCUGUCGAAGCACAACAAGCUGGACAAGAGGAACAUGUGGAACCUAACGCUGAUUGACUGUAUGCCGCAACUCGUGAGGGACCAAUGCGAGGAGGACGGGACGUUUAACUUCGCGACAGUCACCUGCGGCCUUGACGCGAGCGUCGAGAUCUAUGCGAAGCGGGUGGACUGCACACACAGCAUGGCCAUGGACACGCUAACCAUGUCCAAGAAUCGGGGGCAAUCCACAGGUGGAGACCGCAUGGAAUGUGGCCGAGAAGGCAAUUUUCGGAUGGUUGUAGAAAGGACAUGCCACCUGACCACAGGGAUUGUUGCUGCAGAAGGGCAGCCUGGCCUGGUUGCCCUCACGCAUUGGUGUCUGAGUGUUGCGGAAGAGAAUGCCGAGUUUAGUAGAGCUGCAGCCUUGCAGGUCAUAGGCCCGUGA